AAUGGACGUCAUUGUGAAAAUCAAUGACUUGUUGUACCUAAGCUUAAAAUAAUUCAUAGUAAGGAAUGAAAUAGAGUAGUUCUAAUGCACCUAUCAGAAAAACCAGAGUCAAUUGCUUAACCCAAAAUUGUUUCUUUAAUCGAUGAUCGAUGUUUCUGUAUUCCUAUUUGAGAGACUGCUAACCACUUUUGUCUAAUUUCAAAAGAGAGUACUUCAUAUGUGACAAUUCAUCGAUCUCCAAAAUUCUUUAGGUCUCAUUGUCUUAAUCGAUCAGAGCUUGAUUCAAGUUUUGAAACAAGAAGUAGGUUCUAACAAUAGAAACUCUCCAUUUGGCUAUUUGUAUUUCGGCAAUAAGUAUAAAGAAAGCAACUCCAAGACAUGAAAUAACUCCUGAAAUAACAUAAAUGGAUGCUAUCUAUAGAGAACUAUUUUUAGUGUUAAUCAUCUCAUUAUUAGUUUAAUCAAUUAGAUUCGUAGCCAAUUGGAAAUAAGUAGGAUAGUUUAGAGUAAAGUAACUUUCUUACAUGUUUGACAGAUUAAAAUUGGAUGAAUAAAAUUCCACAACCUCUGUAAUUCUAUGAAAUAACAAUGGCAAUUGAUCUACCAAGAAAUCUCUUGUAUAAUAACAAGAUUUCGUUUAAUCGCCGUUAUUAGAAAAGGUGUGAAGAAUACAAAUUUGGGAUUCUUCUAAACCUAUUAAGAUUUCUGGAUUAAUGAAUUCUCGAUCAUUAUAAUUUCUAAUCUAAGUAAUGUAGUCAUCAGUUGAAUUAGUAAUAUAAAAAUAAGGAGCAAGAAAUUUCUAAUCAUGUGCCAAUAUAUGAAUAGAUAUUUCCAUCAAAUUAAUGUUCUGCAAAAGGGUUAUUGAAAACUAGCCACCAGUUGAAUCUAAGUAGAUGUGAUGUA